GCACAGCGGGGCGCGGGUGGCUUCGGGGCGUAGAAGGGGAGCGCGCCUUUGUGCGCAAAGGUCUAAGGGACCUGUAGUCUGAUUCCCAGUUUCUGCGGUCUGAACGGGUCCUUUUCUAAGGCUUUGGGGCAGGGGAUCACUGGAGAAUCAAGCUUUAAGGGGGCUCUUGGGUUGGGUCCUUUAGCGCAGUCCCAGACGUUUUGGACGUGGAGAGGUGCAAAUUCAGGGCGACUGGUCCCUCCAGCCUGCUGGCUCCUCCCUUGCCUCAGUUUCUUCCCCGAUGGUCCGCAUGCCGUGGGGGCAUUGAAUCCCUUGAGGACAGCGUCUGCCUUGGGCUUAUUUGUCACGGUGUCCAGCACCUAGGACAGGGGCCGGGACGAAGUAGGUGUCCAAUGAAGAGUGAACACUGGAAAGAAAGGACGCGUGAGGGCGGGUGUCCUUUGGAAGGCAGCGCUCUGGCUGAGAAUGCGUCGGUGUCCUUGUUGGGGAAGCUUUCCGUACAGGUACUAGCGGGUUAGGGAGUGAGCGCAACGCUCAACUCCCGCCUCAGCCCAGCCAGCACCACACCAGGGAGACACCGCGUCCCCUUCCGGCCCGGCGGAGCAGACUUCCCAUGAUGCUCGGCGCGACGCCCAUUCAAACCGCCCGGCGAAGAGGGAGGAGGUCGCAAUGGCAGCCCCGGAGCCGGAAGUAGUGCCCCCGGCUGCUGUCUCAGAUUUGGAGUGGUAUGAGGAGUCGGAGGAAACCCACGCCCCCCAGAUAGAACUACUUGAGACUACCUCUGCCCAAGAACCUCCCAACCCUUCGGAGUCAUGUCGCCCCCGAGACUGCUUGGUGCCAGUGGUGUUUCCGGGGCCCGUUAGCCGGGAAGGCUGCUGUCGAUUUACUUGUGAACUCCUAAAGCAUGUCCUGUACCAACGCCAGCAACUUCCCCUGCCCUAUGAACAGCUUAAGCACUUCUACUGCAGACCUUCUUCCCAGGUAGAGGACAUGAUGAAGAAGAAACCUUGGACCACCGCUGAGACAAACAGCAGGAAAUGCCAACAAACCCUGGCAGAGCUGGAGAGUGUCCUCAGCCACCUAGAGGGCCUCUUUGCCCGGACACUAGUGCCACGAGUGCUGAUCCUCCUUGGGGGCAGUGUUCUAAAUCCAAAGGAAUUCUACGAGCUUGACUUGUCCCGCUUGGCCCCCAACAGCAUGGACCAGAGCCUGAGCACAGCAGCUUGUUUGCGCCGUAUCUUCCGAGCCAUUUUUAUGGCUGAUGCCUUCAGUGAGCUGCAGGCUCCUCCACUCAUGGGCACCACUGUUAUGGCACAGGGGCACCGUGACUGUGGUGAAGAUUGGUUUCGACCCAGGCUAAACUACAGAGUGCCCAUACGGGGCCACAAACUGACUGUGACCCUCUCCUGUGGCAGACCCUCCAUCCCAGUAACAGCCUGGGAAGAUUACGUUUGGUUCCAGGCACCAGUGACAUUGAAAGGCUUUCACGAGUGAAUGGGGAUUCUUCUUAAUCAUGAAAACAAUGGCUAAGUUACCUUUCCUUCUGUGGCACCAAGUCACCCAUCUCUUGCCUGGAAGUAGAGUUGCUUCCUGAUGAGAGGAAGGUUCUGUCCUGGCUUUCUGCUUCCCUUCCACAGACUUCCUGGUGGGCUGAUGGUGUGACUGGGACUGUCAUAAUCAUUGAACAACAUCUCUUUGAAUCAGAGGUUGAUUUCCCAGAGGGUGCUGGGGCAGACUUUUUUGUUUGGGGUUGGAAAACAAAUGUAGGCCCAUAGACACAAUUAUGGAGGUGUCCCUUUUUCUGAAAAAGCCUAUGGAGGCUUUUCAGAAUUUUUACCAGGAACAUAAUGUGGGUGUGACUCAUGAACUUAAAUAUAAAAUGAAUGAAUUCAUAUUAAAUUUUCCUGAAACUCUUGGCUACUUGA